CUGAGCGACUUUGCUCCCGGCCGCCUCCUGGAGGCUCGAGACCCCCCGCUAGGAGCGAGGUGGGAGAGUAGCUACGUGGGGUAUUAGUUUCCUCGCUCCUCAAGCGGAAUCAUCAUAACCUACGGGCGGUUGCGUUCCCUAGACUGACUGCUGUCCCCUUUCAGUGAGGACUGUGCUUCCUCCGAGGGAGUUGCGGGCCGGGGCAUGCGGACCGAGGAUAUUUCUAGGUCUAGGGACAAGGGACUUGGAAUCCUGCCUCGGACUUUGUCGGAGGGUUUUAGUCACUUCUCUACGUAGCUCCCUCAUUGUCUCUCAUCUUUUAGCUCCCCUGUCAAGGACCAUCCCCCAUUCUAGGCCUUCGAUGUGUGAUGCUUUGAUCAAAGGAUUGACAUUCUUUUUCUAAGUGUUUGCUGUCAGCUUUCAGUCUCUUGAUUGGUUUGGAAUCGGAGCCUUUUCUCCUGCGAUUCCAGGUGUCCCUAAGGUAUCAUUGUUACCCAGAACCAAGAACUCUGGAGGAAUGAAAAAGGCAGCAUCUUUAAAAGAAUGUUUAUUGGAAGGUGUUGCAAGAGUUUGCGAAGUCAUGAAGAACAAAGUUUUUUAGAGCCAUUAUGAAAUGGCAACGGAACUCUGCCAGACAGGGAUUACAGCAGUAGGCAAGACCAAUCCACUGCCUGCCUUCAUGGAACUUACAUUCUGAUGGGAAAGAAAGAUUAUUUACAUAAUUAACAGUGUGAUUAAUAUUAUAAAUAAGUACAGAAUGUUUUUGGACUAUGUAACAGUAAAACUUCUAGUUUUGUUGAAGGAAUGUGCAGGAAAAACAGAAACUUGAGAGGUGACCUAAGAUGGAGGUGGGGGUGGCACACUUUCUACUGAAGUACUAAGGUGUUUGCAAUGGCUGCUACUGUGAACUUGGAACUUGAUCCCAUUUUUUUGAAAGCACUAGGUUUCUUACAUUCAAAGAGUAAAGAUUCUGCUGAAAAGCUAAAAGCACUGCUUGAUGAAUCUUUGGCUCGGGGCAUUGAUUCCAGUUACCGUCCAUCUCAAAAGGAUGUGGAGCCACCCAAAAUUUCAAGCACAAAAAACAUUUCCAUUAAGCAAGAGCCCAAAAUAUCAUCCAGUCUUCCUUCUGGUAAUAAUAAUGGCAAGGUCCUCACAACUGAAAAGGUAAAGAAAGAAGCCGAAAAGAGACCUGCUGAUAAAAUGAAAUCAGACAUCACUGAAGGAGUUGAUAUUCCAAAGAAACCUAGAUUGGAGAAACCAGAAACACAGUCCUCUCCCAUUACUGUCCAAACUAGCAAGGAUUUAGCUAUGGCUGACCUUUCCAGUUUUGAGGAGACCAGUGCUGAUGAUUUUGCCAUGGAGAUGGGAUUGGCCUGCGUUGUUUGUAGGCAAAUGAUGGUGGCAUCUGGCAAUCAAUUAGUAGAAUGUCAGGAGUGCCAUAAUCUCUACCACCGAGAUUGCCAUAAACCCCAGGUGACAGACAAGGAAGCGAAUGACCCUCGCCUGGUGUGGUACUGUGCCCGAUGUACCAGACAAAUGAAAAGAAUGGCUCAAAAAACUCAGAAACCACCACAGAAACCAGCCCCUGCAGUUGUUUCUGUAACUCCAGCUGUCAAAGAUCCAUUGGUUAAGAAACCAGAAACUAAACUGAAACAAGAGACAACUUUUCUAGCAUUUAAGAGAACAGAAGUCAAGACAUCCACAGUUAUUUCAGGAAAUUCUUCUAGUGCCAGCGUUUCCUCGUCAGUAACUAGUGGCUUAACUGGAUGGGCAGCUUUUGCAGCCAAAACUUCCUCUGCUGGUCCCUCAACAGCAAAAUUGAGUUCAACAACACAAAACAGUACUGGGAAACCUGCUACCUCAUCAGCUAACCAGAAACCUGUGGGUUUGACUGGUCUGGCAACAUCAUCCAAAGGUGGAAUAGGUUCCAAAAUAGGUUCCAAUAACAGCACUACGCCCACUGUACCAUUAAAACCACCUCCACCUCUAACCUUGGGUAAAACUGGCCUUAGUCGCUCAGUUAGUUGUGACAAUGUCAGCAAAGUAGGUCUUCCUAGUCCAAGUAGUUUAGUUCCAGGAAACAGCAGCCAACUAAGUGGGAAUGGAAAUACUGGAACAUCAGGACCUAGUGGAAGUACUACUAGCAAAACUACUUCAGAAUCCAGCAGCUCUCCCUCAGCAUCCCUUAAAGGUCCAACUUCACAAGAAUCACAGCUCAAUGCUAUGAAGCGAUUACAGAUGGUCAAGAAGAAAGCUGCCCAAAAGAAACUCAAGAAGUAAUGUGGCCAAGUAGGUUUUUAUAUCAUAUUAGCCUAAAGAUGAAAGGCUUAUUAUUAAGAUAUAUGUAAUAUACUGUAAUUUAAUAAAAGUCUUCAUAAUCAAAUUUCUAUUGUUUCUUGCCUUAAAAUGCUAAAUAUAUAUAACAAAACUUGGAAA